AUGCGUCUCUGGGCUUUCCUUUACCUCGCCUCCAUAUCAAGCCCUGCACUCUUUGCGCAGGCGUCCUUCGCUCAGCAACAGAUCCCACUCGAGGCUCCCUUCUCGGCCCCCUCAACCUCCUCGUCAACCUCCGGCGAGGCGAAUGUGCUGCAUCGCUUGACGUUCCCUUCCCGAGCAGCAACUCAGGCCGCCCGAGAUUUGCUGCAACACGACUAUGACGUAUGGAAGGCGACCCCAUCAACGAUCGACGUCCUCUUACCAACGUGGACCGAUCCAUCCGUUCCGUUCGAGUCGUGGCUCCUCGACUUGGGCGCCACGUCCUCCUCCAUCAUCAUCCCUUCCCUCUCUCAUCUUCUUCAAACCUCACCACCACUAGGCUCAUCCUACAACCGCAUGUUGUCCUCCGCCGCUCUCGCCAACUGGACCUCCCCGUCGGAAGCCUCAGCGACCCCAAGUGGGGCCUCUCCGCAACGCCGCGCUCUCGACGCCUCGACGAUCCAUGACUCGUACCACCCCAUCGAAGCCAUCGAGAACAUUCUCCGAUCGUUCGAACAGGAUUUUCCGGGCUUUGCCAAGGUCGUCGUCAUUGGCGCGAGCAGUGAAGGAAGAACCGUCUGGGGUCUCAAAGGUACGUUCGGGCAGCAGAUCUUUACCUCGCCAACUGUGAACAUCGAGCUGAACCUUCUAUAUCCUCACACAGUGACCAAUUUUGCUUACCAUCCCGAGUCUGCGCCGUUGCAUUUGGAGGAGACGACGAUGGACGAAUUGCUCAACAAGCGCAAGAACAAGAAGAAGAAGAAGCAGGAAGACGAACGGCCUGCAGGCAAACACGGCUUUGUCGUCGUCGGAGCCCAACACGCCCGCGAAUGGAUCGCACCCGCUACAGCACUGUACGCGAUCCACGACCUCCUACUCUCAAGCCUGCCCGAUGAAGCCUCGGACGAAGCCUCGGACAACACGCGACAACUGCUCGACGAGAUCGAAUUCACCUUCAUCCCCGUCUUGAACGUCGACGGCUACGCCUACACUUGGACCAACAACCGCUUGUGGCGCAAGAACCGUCAACCCGUCGGACCCGACUGCUUCGGCCUCGACCUCAACCGCAAUUGGCCUUAUGCCUUCUCCUCCCCUCGACCGAACCCCUGCUCGGACGCUUACCCUGGAUGCGAACCAUUCCAAUCGCCCGAACUGCAAGCCCUCUCGGCGUACCUAACGCAAGAAAAGCACAACAUCAAAGGCUUCCUCGACCUGCACAGUUUCGGCCAGUUCAUUCUCUUCCCUUACUCGUAUUCAUGCGACCACGCCUCGCCGGACCAAGAGAAUCAUUUCGAAGCCGUCGUCGGAGCGCAGAAAGCCCUUCGUGCCGUUCACGGUCGAUCGUUCGACGUGGGAUCGGUGUGUGAAGUGUCGUUGACUGCGCCAGGGGGGUCGUUGGAUUGGACGUAUCAGACGGCGGGGAUAAGGUGGUCUUUUGCGAUCGAGUUGAGGGAUCAGGGCGUGUUUGGGUUCCUUUUGCCGCCGAGUCAGAUCAGGGCUAGUGGGGAGGAGACGGCUGAAGCGUUCAAGGAGUUGGCGGCUUACGUGGUCAGGAAGGAGGCGGGGGGAGGUUCAGCUUUGAUGAGGAGUAAAGGAGGUCUGUUCGUUGCUCUGCAUCAGCCGGCACGUGUGUCUUUGUUCGUUUUCGGACUCGUUGCCCAUUUUGUAACUUUGCUAUGUUCAUGUCUAAUUGCAGACUAUUCUCUUCCUGCCUGUGAGCGCACGGCACGACACGGAACUCGCUGUUUAGAGUUUGCUCGGUACCGGUUGCUCGGCAUGCCGGCCAAGACUAAGCUUGGAUCAACGGCGUGCCGGGCGGCCGGCCCCACUUUGGUUCUCGCUUUCGGGUACUCGCAACCUCACUUCCUUCCUCGUACUGUCGCCUCAAAACAUGUCACCCACUCCUGACGUCCCCGGAGCUCUCAAUGCCGUCCACUCGACCUUCUCCUCCUCCCAACUCUCUCAAGACGCCCCGACCUUGACCCAAUUCGGCUCGACCUUCGGCUCGUUCGCGCCCCCCACCCCACCUCUGAUCAUCGUCCAUGCCGAAUCGACUCAAGACGUCGUCGCAUGCGUCAAUAUCGCGACAAAGUUCGGUAUAGUGAUCAUCCCCGUUGGAGGGAGAACCUCGCUGGAAGGACAGUUCCUUCCCCCUUCCAUUCCCGAGGCUCCAUCAUGUUGUCAUCCACCGCUCGAAGAUCGAACUCUACCCCGAACCGUCGAUUCCGGAAAACCGUCCGGCACCCCAUUGGGAAAACUAGAAACAUCCCCCCCACCAUCACCAUCACCACCACCCACCCUCAACUCCUCCCGUCCAACGAUCCACCUCUCCCUUUCCCGAAUGGACACCAUCCAACUCUUCCCCUCCGAUUUCAGCGCCAUCGUCGGUCCAGGAGCAGGUUGGCAAUCGCUCAAUGAACGUCUCGCAGAAGAGGGGGUCAAGCAAUUCUUCCCUAUUGAUCCGGCGCCGAGGAGCGAGUUUGGUGGGAUGGUAGGCGUCGGAGGUAGUGGUACCAAUGCGGUGGGGUUUGGGACUAUGAGAGGCGAGUGGGUCGGGGGCAUGGAGGUGAGUUGAGAGCGAAGUGCGCGAGGGGUGGGGUCAGGGGGGGGUGCAGAAUUUUUAAGCUGACGAGUGAGGCUAUUUGCGUGCCUGAUCGUACAGGUGGUGCUGAUGAGUGGGGAAGUGAUCAAAACCAAAGGCUCGAGUAGGGCUCGUGAGUUGAAGUGAUGUCAUAACCGUUCGGCGAACACUUAAAAACUAAUCCCACCCUUGACGGCGUUGCUCCUCCAUAUCAAGGCAAAUCCUCGACGGGGUGGGACGUUGGUCGUCUCUUCCUCGGCUCGGAAGGCACAUUAGGCGUGAGUGCAAUACAAGGUGUGGCUCCUCUGUGGAGAAACAGCCUCUGAUAAUCAUGACUUCCCCCUCCUACCUAGAUCAUCACCUCCAUAACGGUCCGGUUGGCCCCACUCGUCCCCCUAAAAGUCGCCAUCGCCUCCUUCCCCAGCAUCUCCCAAGCCGUCCUCUCCGUCGUUUCCAUAAUCCAAGCCGGUCUGAACCCCACCUCCCUCGAACUUCUCGACGGUCUCUCCAUCAAAGCGAUGAACCUAGCCGAAAUGAUGCCGAAACCGUUGGAAGAGAUCCCGACGGUGAUGAUGAGGUUCGGAUCACCCUUCCCGGAAGCGGUAAAUGGGGCAAUGGAGAAAGUCGAGGAGAUUGUAAAGGGUUUUGGAUGUAGGGAGUUUAGGGUCGCGAAGGAUGAUAGGGAGAGUGAGGUGUUUUGGAAAGCGAGGAAGGUAGGUACUAAGUGGCAUGAAGAUCCGACUCGUCUCUCGGACAAAGAUUGAUCCCAAACUCGUUCCAACUCGCAGGCACAAUACUGGUCCCAACAACUACUCCUUUCCCCUUCACCCACCUCAACCCCCUGCCGUACCUUGAUAACCGACAUCUGCGUUCCCAUAUCCCAACUGCCCUCCUUCAUAACCCAAUCCGAGGCUUUGGUGAACCCUCUCGCUUCGAAAGGGAUCCUCGCUCCCGUCGUCGCGCACGCAGGCGAUGGCAACGUUCAUCGAGCUAUACUGUACCUCCCUCACCCUCAAACGGGGCUCGCUCCCAAAGAAGUGGGCGAAUUGGCAGAGGCGUUGAGUUCGCUCGCUUUGGAACUUGGAGGUACGGUCGCGGGUGAACAUGGGAUCGGGAUGACGAAGAGGAAAUACCUCAGGAAGGAAUUGGGGGAAGGGACGUUGGGAUUGAUGAGGAAGGUCAAGAGCUUGUUGGAUCCGUUGGGUUUGUUGAAUCCGGGGAAAGUGAUUUACGAGACGGUGGAGGAGGAGAGGAGGGAGAGUCGGUUGUAG